AUGGCUGCUCUCACACUGUUUACUGACUUUAUCUUGAGAUGUAAGGAGAGAGUGUUCAAACAGGCUGUGGUCCGAAAGUCAUUCUGUUGUGGCCAGCAGCAGCAGAAAUCUAAGGGCAUUUCACUGAAGAGGAAGCUCUGCUAUGCUUUAGGUGGGGUCCCAUAUCAAAUGACCACAAUAGCCAUUGGUGUGUCGCUGCAAAUUUUUCUUCUGGAUGUUGUACAGAUGGAAGCUUUCUAUGUCUCUUUAAUUUUGUUUGUGAGUCGGGCUUGGGACGCAGUGACAGACCCCCUGAUUGGAUAUUUGGUCAGUCGUAGCCACUGGACCCCCAUUGGCAAACUAUCUCCAUGGUUGGUUCUGUCCACUCCAUUUGCCAUCAUGUCCUAUGUGCUGCUGUGGUUUGUGCCUCAUGCCUCCAUGUCUGCCCCUCAGAUUGUGGUGUGGUUCCUCACUGUGACCUGUCUAUUUGAGGCCUUGAUGAGUUGCUUCCAUGUACCGUACCUCUCACUGAACAUGUUCCUGGGCGGGACGAAGGGAGAGAGAGACUCUGCCACAGCCUACAGGAUGAGUGUGGAGAUGGUGGCUAUGCUAGUAGCUUCAAUAAUUCAGGGUCAAGUUGUGGCUGUGUACAACAAUGAAAAACAGAAAAACUGUGAAGAACUGGAUCAGGCUCAAGAAGCAGCACAGAGCACAUCUUCUCCAACACUACUACAAGGAACGAGAAGAGCCUUUCUGACCUCAGCGUUGGGGAUUGCGGCCAUAUUUUUCCUCUGUAGCCUUGUCAUUUUCCUGGGAGUUAAGGAGCAGAGAUCUCCUGAUAGCUGUGACGCAAAAACCCGACUUCCCUUUUUGACCUCAUUUAAAUUACUUGUGCGUUUUGUCCCAUACCAUCGACUUGUGCUUGGAUUCACAAUCAGCACACUGGCUUAUCAGAUCUCCCUGGGUAAUUUUGCACUUUUUUGCAGUCACGCUGCUGGGCUUGGAGGGAAUUUUCAGCACCUCCUUUUGGUUUUACUCGGUUCUGCCUCGAUAGCUGUUCCAAUUUGGCAAGUUGUUCUCCUGAAAAUUGGGAAAAAGCCAACUGUUUUUAUUGGAUUAACACUCUUCAUUCCAGCUGUGAUCCUAGUGGCCUGUGUUCCCAGUAAUCUGACAGUCUUCAUCAUCAUGUGUGUUGUGAUGGGCUUCAGUGUGGCUACAGUCUUCCUUCUUCCCUGGUCCAUGCUUCCUGAUGUGGUGGAUGAGUUUACAGUGAGAAACCCCAAAUGUACAGACCUGGAGCCUCUGUUUUUCUCCUGUUAUGCCUUCUGUAAUAAACUGGCAGGAGGCCUCGCUGCUGGAGUCUCCACCAUGACAUUACAAUUUGUGGGCUACAAACCAGGAGCAUGUAACCACAGCGAUGAAGUGGUGACCGCCCUAAUUGUUUUGUUUUCACCUGCCCCUAUUGCACUACUGAUUUUGGGGAUGUUAGCGUUCCUCUUCUACCCAGUCAACGAGCGACAGUCCUCAAAGAUGCAGGAGCACAUCACCACUGUUGAUUCAAUGGUGCUAUCUUCCUCAUUGGACCAAAGGGAAUGCACUUCAGAAGAAACUUUAUGUGCUACUGUGACUCCCAAUGCAACUGUUUCUAUAGAUAAAGUAAACAUGAACAAAUCAAAUGAUGCUGCUGGAAAGUACAGUCGACCCAAAUGUGUUGUCCAUCCAAAUGUUCAUCAUCCUUCAGCAGAUGACAAGAGGACUACCAGAGAAAAAAAUGCGGGCCAUUACCCACUUGAGCCCAAGGUCGAGUCUACCAUCUCGUGGGUGUAAUAUCCAAGGAUGUAACAUUAAAUUUAUAUUGUUUAAUAAUAUCAAAGUACAAGCAACUUGAUGUAUGGUUUGAUUACAGCGGCAUACAGAGAAGGCAGGGAACUACUACAUACAACAAUCCUGUCAUGUAUUUCCAUUCAAGGUCUACAAUCUUAAAUUAUAAAAUUUUCUAAAAAGCAUAAUAGAUUGACCUGGUUUAUCACUUUUGGACAGAACAUUAAAGCACAAUUUGGAAUUAGAACAGAAUCUUUAUUUUAUUUAAAGCUGUGUUGUUACAAGGUUUACAGUUGUUUUUGUGAUUUGUCUGCUUCUUGCACAGUUUUAUAAAAUAAAUAAAACAUUUUUUGCAUCAUUAAAAAUUAUUAAACCUA